AUGGGAGACGUCAAAGAUGAGAUCGUGCUGCACAAGGCAACGGGGCCAAACUCCAUUAAGUUUCCGAAGUUAACUCCGUCAAACUACACUGUCUGGGCCUUAACGAUGAAGAUAGCACUCAAAGUUAGCGAGGUUUGGGAGACAAUUGAUCCCGGAACCAAAGACGAGAAGAAGAAUAAUAUGGCUAUUGCGUUCUUAUUCCAGUCCAUACCAGAAACAUUUGUCUUGCAAAUUGGAGACAUAGAUACAGCAAAGGCAGCGUGGGAUGCAAUAAAAGCAAGACAUGUCGGAGCUGAACGAGUCAAGGAGGCUAGGUUACAAAUUUUGAUGGCAGAAUUCGACAGGAUCAAGAUGAAAGAUGGAGAUACAGUCGACAUGUUCUCCGGCAAGCUAUCAGAAAUAGCUGUUGAAGCCGCUUCUUUAGGAGAAGUAAUCGAAGAACCUAAGCUUGUAAAGAAAAUUCUAAAGAGCUUACCAAGAAAGAAGUUUAUCCACAUGGUUGCUUCACUUGAGCAAGUUCCAGAUCUUAAUACUAAGAGCUAUGAGGAUAUUGUUGGUAGACUGAAAGCAUACGAGGAAAGAAAUAGCCGAAGAAGAAACCGAUAA